CAAAAAUUUUGAAAAAUAAAAAAUAAAAAAGUGGGAUAUUGACAUGUCAACUAGUAGUGGGUUUGACUUUUUUCCAACCAAAUUUUAGAUAAUGUCUUAAACCAAAAAAAGGGGCAAUUUUGUCAUUUUCAAACAAUAAAAAUCGAAUAAAGUGCUAUCUUCUCUCUCUCCUCUCCCUUCCCCUCUCUCAGAAAACCAACAGAAGAGAGAGAAAGAAAGAGACCGACUUUCAUACCAGAAAACCAACUUUGUGACUCAGUGAGUGGAUACCGUCCGUUUUUUUCUGUUAGAGAGAGAAACAAAUUUUAAUUAUUAUUUUCCCCAAAAAAAACCCCAUAAAAUUAUUAUCCAAAAAUACAAAAAAAAAAUGGUGUCUGACCAAGAAAUAGCAGAGGGUUUAGAAGCUUUGUUUCGUGAAACUAACCCUAAUUCCUUCACUUCCCUAAAUGAAGUUAUUCAUCGAUUGCAAUCGAAAUUAGGGUUUGAUCUUUCCACCAAAAUCGAUUUCAUUCGUGCUCAUAUUAGCUUCCUUUUUAGUACUCCUCAAUCGGCGAUUCCACCGCCGUCGUCGGCGCCGGCGCCGGCGACGGUUUCUCCGGUGGUGGUUUCUCGGCCUCAUCCCCAGAAUUUGAAUGUAAACCCUAACCCUAACCCUAAUAAUAGCCCUAAUGUUGUUCAUCCUCAGCUUAAUGUCAAUGUUGUUCAUCCUCAACAUCGGGUUUUUCAUCACCCUCCUCCUCCUUCGGCUCAGUCGUACUUCCCAAGGGGCCCCACUGAGAUCAGUUUUGCUCAGCCUGGAACUGGGACUGUUGUUUCUGACUCUCUCUCCUCACCAACUGCUAAAGAGAGUACCCAAAGUCGACCAAAACGAAGAGGAGGCCCAGGAGGGCUGAAUAAACUUUGUGGUGUUUCACCUCAGCUUCAGGCAAUUGUUGGCCAACCAGCCUUGCCUAGGACAGAGAUUGUGAAGCAGCUCUGGGCCUAUAUAAGGAAGAAUAAUCUCCAAGAUCCAAGUAAUAAAAGAAAGAUAAUUUGCAAUGAUGAGCUACGGUUGGUAUUUGAAGUUGACUGUACAGAUAUGUUUCAGAUGAACAAACUGCUGUCAAAACAUAUUGUUCCUCUUGACCCAACAAAGGUUCCAGAGCAACCAUCCAAGAAAGCAAAGGUUGAAGAAGCUGAAGUUCCGAGCACUGAUCCUGCGGCCCCUGAUACACCUGCUGCUCCUGCUGUCUCUGCAGCCCCUGUUACCCCCGCUGUCUCUGCUGCCUCUGUUACCCCUGAUGUCUCUGCUGCCCCUGUUACCCCCGUUGUCUCUGCUGCUCCUGUUACCCCUGCUGCCAUUGCUCCUCCUGCUGCGACUGUUCCUCCUGCUCCUAUUGUGAUCUCUGAGGCACUGGCUAAAUUCUUUGGUACGAGUGAGAAGGAGAUGCCUCAAUCUGAGGUAUAUAAGCGUAUUGAAGAGUACAUCAAGGCACAAGGCUUGGAGGAUCCUUUAAAUUCGAUGGUCAGAUGUGAUACAAAACUUCAAGAACUGUUGGGAUGUGAAAGCAUUCCUGCUCCUGGGAUUCGUGAAGCUUUGGCUCGUAAUCAUCUUUUCCAGCGAGCAUGAUGUAAAAUGGUGUUGAUUUAAUGGCAAUCUAACUGACAUGGUUGGAUGUGUUCUAGGCAAAUAGUAGUCUGAGCGAUCUAUCUGGACAUUAUUGUAAGUUAUGCGUAGGAAGAUGACUGUAAUUAGGUUCAGGAUAUGAUGUAGGUAAGUAAAUCCAAAGUUAGGGCUGGGACUCAGAAUCUGCUGUUUAUUUGUUAUUCUGUAGAGAUGCACUUCGACUAUGAUGGAGUUUUCUAACCAGUAGGGGGAUUCAUAGAUCUUAUGACUUAGAAAGCUUUGUACAAGAUAGUAGUGAUUACUUGCCUGUCUUAUGAACAUUUUAUUUAUUAAUGCUAGGCUUUUAAUGUUGCAAAUCA